AAAAAAUCAGAAGUGAAGAAAAUUUUUCAUGUUUUCGUGGAUAUUUUAAUAGAAAAGUUGAAUUAAUCCAUUAAAUCUCUUGUGUUCCAUUAAUUUAAGGCGAUAGUGAGUUGGUUUGUAAUAAAAUUAAGUGAAAAAUCAUCGAGUAAGAAGAAAUGCCAUUUAUAUCUAAAGACUGGCGUGCUGAAGGAGAUCAAUGGAUCAAAACUGACGACGGAAACUGGGAACGUAUGAAAGUCAUAGAAUGUGAAUCAAAAAAUCAUAAUUCGUCCAAUGAUGAAUCAUCAUCAUCUAGUCCACCACCACAUUGUCAAAUAAUAUUGCGAUCAACAAGAGAAAUUGCAGGCUUUAAUGGCUUAGAUGUUGCUGUGAAACGACUUGAUUUUAAAUCAUCUGUGAAAAAUCAACGUCGUUUUCAAUACAUUUGUGCACUUUUGAAAUUGCUCGUGUCUGGCGAGGUCAUACUGACAUCAUUAAGUGGAGGUGCUCAGAGGAUUUUAUUGCAGAUGAUUGAAGAAGUCGCAUUGCAUGUUAAUAAUAGUAAGCAACACAUUAACACACUUCGAGAUCUAGUUGGUCAAUUAAGACAUCUUGUUGAGCAAGAGAAUCAAAAAUGUUGGGGAAAACCCCUUGGAUCUCAAAACUUAUGGUUUGGUCAUUUAGAAACUAUUGAGCGUAUCCAAAAUAUUGCAAGUCAAAUUGAAAUUGAACCAAACGCAGCUAUUAAUCCACAAUUGACGGAAUUGCCUGAAGAAUGUAUAAGAAAAAUUAUUUUGCAAAUGAGUGAUCACAAAGAUUUAGAAUCGGCUGCAAGUGCUUGGAGCUUGAUGGCUUAUAUUAUUCAAGAACAGCGCAUUUGGCGUGAAUUGAGUAAUUUCCAUUUUAAUCAACAACAAAUUGAUUCCAUUUUAGAAAAGAUGAGCUUACUUGACACGCUUGAUCGUCAUCGUAAUUGGCAGACUAUUUAUCAUACUCUACGAAAGAAAUAUGGACUUCGUGAUGAUUUUCAAUACACGGAAGUGUUGGCGUUAUGCCGUUUUUGUCGCUGUCUGUUUUGGCCAAUGACUGGUCACCCAUGCAUCUCAGAAUCUCCGGAAUUUAAAGAGAAACUAGAAAAGGCUGGAUUAUCCUUUGAAUCAAUUGAGAAAACACAAUUAGUUCCUCCACAUCAAUUUUUAAAGUAUUUUUCGUUGUAAGUUAUUUUUUUUUUUUUAUAAAACAUAUAGUAGCAGAUAUGCUCUCUAUCUCUUAAUGUUAGUUCCAUGAAAUAUCAUGAAUCUCCCUUCCCUUUUUGAAAUGGAUCAAGAAUGCAAGAAAAUGCAAAAAACUAUUUUUCCAAAAUUAGAUGAUUAAAUAUUAUAAUAAAAAAUGAAUGAAUUAUAGUAAUAUUUAUGAUACAGAACGAGUUGCAAU